UUUAAAAGUUUGCUUAUGUAGGCAGUAUGGGUCAGUGUCAGUAUAGUUUUAAGUGGGUGGGCAUAUUUUUAGGUGGAUCAUGGUCUAUUCAGGCCCGUCCCUGGUUACGUCCCUGCUAGAUAUUCCAUCAUAGACCUUACAAGUUGAUAAGGUCUAUGUACCCCAUUAAAGUCAGUCAGUCAGUGCGGUGAGAACACAAGGUUGCUAAUUUCUUCCAUUUUAAAUUUGGCGCAUGGGGCUUUUAAACAGUACCGCCAAUAGCGUGAUUUUAAUAGGUCAAAACUGAGAAUCCCCCAGGAACAAUCAUAAUUUUUUUUUAGGCUGGCGGACAGACGCACGACGACCGCCCAUUGAUUUUCGUUGCCCUGUCACGAAUUCUGUAGUUGUAGAGCAAACAAGUCCUGUAUUUAUAAAGGUUUCGUUGGAGGUGUGGUUCCAUUGAAGCCCGAGAAAAAAUGCCGAGAAUCGUGCUCAAAAUAUCUCAUUUUUAGUUGUAGUGUGCCGUGUACGGACUGUGUCGUGAGCGUGGUUUCAUUUGUUUUUAAAAAUGUUUUGAUGUCUAAAAGUUUAGUUAGGUUAUGCUUCAGUGAAGAUUGCUGUUCUGAUCAGGGCUCCAAUUUUGAGAUGAGCAGCUGGGCAGCUAGGAUGCAUAGGCGGGCUGCCACUUUCAGUAACGUUGUCACGUCCUGUGGCCACCCUUCCGGGCCCUACCCCCGGAGACUGGAGAAAGUCAAGUUUGGGGUGCCUUUAGAGGAAGUUUGCAAGAAUGAUAUUCCGGGACCACUUCUCGUACUUAUUUUAAAACUGAACAAGGAAGCACCCUACCGCAAAGAUGUGUUCAGAGCUCCGGGCCACCAGGGGGCCAUGAAGAAGCUCAUUCACUUCCUGCAGACGGGCAGGCUAGUCAACAUGGACAACUUCAGCGUUUAUACCAUAGCCAGCGUGCUGAAGAAGUUCCUCAGGAAGGUGCCCGGCGGUGUUUUCGGCAGGGAUAUCGAACACAGAUUCUUCCAGGUCAUCGAAAUUACAGAUGUUCAAGCCCAGCACGAUGAAAUUCACAAGAUAAUAACCUCGUUACCCGUAUACACCCAAAGACUUCUGGUACUGUUGUUCGGUACGUUCAGGGUAAUCGCCUCUAAUAGCGAAAAGGCUGGAACGGGGAUGACCAGCGAGGCUUUAGGCGUCAGCGUGGCCCCUAGUUUUUUCCACUCUUGCGUCAGUGACGGGAAGACUGCCAAAAUGGAGGACGUUAUGAAAUUCAAGGCCGAAGUGAACGUCGCAUCUCGUGUGAUGAAACAUCUAAUAGAAGAGUUCGCCUCCUCGAACCUGUUCGGGAAGGACAACUAUGAGUACUACGCCAGAGUAACUGGAAGAGUGCUCAGGGUGCAGGGGGAGUGGAUCUGCUCCUUCCAAUACCCCCCGCCACCAGCCAAGGGCGUCUUCCCCAAUGAGUAUAUUGCCUUGGAGCGGUACUUACUCGCAAUGUCGCAAGUGGAAGAAUGUCAGUCAACACCUGCCCUCUUAGAAUCGGGGCUGCAACCUCAGGUCAGCUCGAGUUCUUUAGGAAUGAUUGCGGAACACGGGCUCCUUGAAUCAUGUACGCGCCUUUCUAUUUCCUUAGAGCAAAACGGGUUGUUUCAGGGUAAUGCCACGUCGCAUUCUUCCAGUACCAGCCACUCCUCCUCGAAGCAGAGCCAGAACCAUUCGGGGCCAAAGAUGACGCUGGACGAGCUGAAGGCUGUCAACAAAUAUGCCGAGAGCACUCGCAGCCUGAGCUACCUGCCACAAGUGCACGAGAGACAGACGGAGAGGAUGAAAACUAGGUCGCAGUGGUUCUUGGGCCCGUCCGUAGAGUGUACCAGUUGUGGUGGGUCGUUGGACCUACCUCUAAACGAAGCCGACGUGUCGGCUCUUACUAACGCUCUUUUGAGGAGGUCUUCCUCAGGGACAAUAGUUGGCAUAGCCGGUCUAUCACUUAGCGCGGAAUCGAUCCAGAAGCGGCUGAGCGUGAAGCGAUCCAAUUCCAGAGACAAGCGCUAUCUGCAUAGAUCGGCCAGCAGGAGGAACAAAGAGAAUGGUUCAAGGUCUAAUAGUUUUAAGAGUCGCGGGGAGCGGAAGUCCUCCAGUUCCCGUCCGGGCAGCUUCAAGUUGAAAUACGAGAACAUAUCAAAGUCGUGCAGCUUCAAGAACAAGGGGGAGCUGUGUACCUGCCCAUCGGGCGCCGGCGUUGUCAGCAGCAAGGAGAACGGGGGUGGGUCUGGUGGGGCUACACCCAAUACUGCCAAAACGAUGGAAACUAUUUGCGUCACUCUAACUUACAAGCCUCGUAUCUAAGGUUGCGUCACGAUCCGUUACUUGUAAUAAAAUACUGAAGACUCUGUCAUUGCCCGAGUUUGUACAAGGUGUCUACCGUAAUUCGUGCUGCUGCUGGUGUCUCUUAAAUAGUAAUGAAUAAACAUCAUGUAGUGUUUUGUAUAAGGUGGUCUUCAAUUGUCUCGCGAUAUUUGCAGGAGGGAUAGUGCUUAAAAAAAUAAUGUACCUUUUUGUAUAAACUUUUAACUUAACUGAUGAUAUUGCUGGAAACAACUACUCUGUGGACUAAUGUUCGAACUAGCAUUAACGCUUUAACUUCUUAAUUGGCAUUAUUCUUGAUGCAGUAAUGCAUUCGAAUGUUAAAUCAUCAAAUGUGGAUAUGUCCGUCAUAUCCAUUGUGUAUUUGCACCUGUGGACUAACAACUAUAUUAAAAAGGGUAAAAAUUGAAAGAUAAAUCAUGACAACUUUUAUCGGAGUUUUCGGAAGUCAAAAUUUUCACUUAAAUCCGUGUCACAAUUACUUGAUAAAUACUUCCUUUUAAAAAUGUUGCAGCUCAGCUCAAUGAUAAAAAUGAACAGCUUUCAAUAUAUUACGUUUCACUCUAAGCAGCGGAGCAUCUCGAAAAUCCUUCCGAAUUAAACUUAAAGUUUCUAGACACUAAUUUAUGUAUUCUUCAGAUACGAGUGUACUUUUACAGGAUGACUGAAUAUUUUAUAUCCAACGUUUUUAUUUUUAACUAAAACAAAAAAUUUGAAAAAUUGAUCUCUAGAAACUACAUUUAUUUAAUUUCAAUGAAUUUAACUGUUCUCGAGAAAGAAAUUCAGGUUUUACAUAAGUAUGAAAUUUUGUAACAUUGAUUGACCAUGUAUAGAUUACACAGCCACACAAAAAAAAAGUUGUCUGUACUUUUCAUGCGACGUAUGUUAUCCGUAGUAU